AUGGCGUCCACCAAGGCUCUCUUCGUGCUCGCCGUUCUCCUCGCGUCGGCCGUCCUCCUCGCCGCCGCGGCCUCCGAGCAAACUCAUGACAAGGAGGGGAAGGUGGACACCAACGGUGCCGGCGUCCAGGACGGCUGGGGUGGCGGCGGCCGAGGCGGAGGGUACCCGGGCCGCGGGGGCGGCGGCUACGGGCCGUGUGGUCGGUGGGGCUGCUGCCGCCGUGGGUACCACGGCGACUGCAUCCGGUGCUGCCGGGCCGCCAACGACGUCCCGGAGGCCAUGGACCGCACUGAGGUGCACAACUAG